UUAUCCGAUCAUCUAGAAUAGUUCCGAUAAUCAUUUUGAUCGUACAGUCUGUCAGUUUCCUCAGUUCAAACCCACCGGCAAUCCUCUUCAAUCGCGAUUGGCCAAACGAGAAAAAACUAAUAAUCAGACGUCGAUUAACGACGUGAUUUUAGGGGGAGCACCUCGAAUGACGCGUGUGAUGGGAAAGGUUGGAGAAUCAGUGGUCGAAAUAUGCAUUGGCGUUCAGAAUUGAAUUAGUGUGGAUGUCGUAUGAAAUACAAACAUGUGACGUAUAGUUUUGGCACGUCAAAUAACCGAUCGAAAUUUGUGUUAGGUAACAAACUCGCGUCUCAAAAAAUUUCAAAUUACAUACCUUGUGUGUUGAGAAUACCUGGACACGUUUGAAAUUUGAGUGUUAAAUUUAGCAGAGGUUAAGUUUUUGAGAUUGAAGAAUCAGGCUAAGAAAAUUGAUUACAAUUUAGGAGUUGCCAACAGAUAUAUAACUUUUGAAUCAAGUUGCAAGUGGCAAGUGGCAGGCAGUCACAUGUUUUGAAUUAAGUUUUGAGAAUUGAGUAGUUUGAGAUUGCAGGAAUCCUUGAUCUUGGCUUAGCGUAGUACACUCUAGGAAAAUGAGCUUAUAGCUUUUGCUUUGUAACAAGAAAACCUAUUGACAUUAUCAGAAAUACAUUUUAUAGAUUAAAGUGAUGUGCUUAAGAUUAUAUUGGCUGUUGGUGUCAGAGCCUGUGAUGUAUGAUUUAAUAUUAUUAGGAACCUAAAAUUUUAACCAAAUCAGAUAGAGCAGUUGCUUUAGAAUAGAAGCAAACAUUUAUUCAUUUUACUUUAUUACAAUGUUUUACAAGGCAUUGUUUAAACUUGGCGUUUGAUAAGGUUUUAGAGCAGUAUAAAACAGACUCAAGAUUAUCUUGGUUGGCUCUUUAAUCUUGAUACUCGCACAGCCCUCCAGUUUUAUCUCAAACUCUUUAUCUGUUUGUGAGAUUGUACUUAAUUAAAAAUGAAAUUUGCUGAGCAUUUAUCGGCUCACAUUACGCCUGAAUGGCGUAAGCAAUACAUCAGUUAUGAGGAAAUGAAGGCCAUGCUGUAUACGGCAGUAGAAGAGGCUCCUUCCGUCGAAAGUGUUGAACAAGAAAUCAUUUCUCGACAUUUUGCAUCAUUUGAUGAGGUCUUCUUCACAUUUUGUGAUCAUGAGUUGAAGAAAAUCAAUACAUUCUACUCUGAGAAGCUGGCAGAGGCGACUCGAAAAUAUGCUGGUCUGCAAAGCGAACUGAAAAUAGCUUCAGAAGCACAGACUGGUGGAGGAAAAAAUCGUGGUCGAGCUGCUGCCAAGGCUCCUUUACCUACCCGGAAACUUAGGGAGCUAAAACUUGCAUUCUCGGAAUUCUAUCUAUCGCUUAUUCUCCUACAGAAUUAUCAGAAUCUGAAUCAUACCGGAUUUCGGAAGAUUCUUAAAAAGCAUGACAAGUUAUUAUCAGUUGAUACUGGUUCCAAAUGGCGAACAGAAUUUGUCGAAACUUCCCACUUCCAUACAUCCAAGGAUAUCGACAAACUUAUACAAGAAACAGAGGCAGCUGUCACCGCUGGUCUAGAAGGUGGUGAUAGGCAACGGGCUAUGAAACGACUCCGCGUCCCACCUCUCGGUGAACACCAGAGUCCAUGGACAACAUUCAAAGUAGGAUUAUUCUCUGGAAGUUUUGUUGUUCUGUUUGUAGCUGUUGUAUUGUCAGCAAUAUUUCAUGAUGGUGGUGACAACCUGAAAGUAGCAUUUCGACUGUAUCGAGGACCACUGCUCAUAGUCCAGUUCUUGUUUCUUAUUGGUGUUAACGUUUAUGGGUGGAGAUCAUCAGGUGUGAACCAUGUGUUGAUAUUUGAACUUGAUCCGAGGAAUCAUCUGUCGGAGCAACAUCUUAUGGAGUUGGCCGCUGUGUUGGGAGUAGUCUGGACUCUUAGUUUGCUCAGUUUUUUGUACAGCGCAAGUUUGAGCAUUCCUCCUUACGUAAAUCCUCUCGCACUUGUAGGGAUAAGUGUUAUGUUCUUCCUCAAUCCAUUCAAGAUGUUUAGACACGAGGCAAGAUUUUGGCUACUAAGAAUAAUGUGGCGUAUGAUCAUUGCACCAUUCAUGUUCGUCAACUUUGCCGAUUUUUGGCUUGCUGAUCAACUCAAUAGCCUCGCAACCGUUUUAUUGGACUUUCACUUCUUAGUAUGUUUCUAUGUAACUAAUGGAAACUGGCUUGAGGCUGGUGAUACCGAUCGGUGUAUGAGUGGAUCAUAUAUUGUUCGACCAAUUGUCAACUGUCUUCCUGCUUGGUUUCGGUUUGCGCAAUGUAUUCGUCGAUAUCGAGACUCAAAGGAGGCCUUUCCGCAUUUGGCCAAUGCUGGAAAAUAUUCCACAACUUUUCUCGUUGUUAUCACAACUACGUUACGAGGUUUGCAUGAAGGUGAUUAUGAUAAUCAUUGGGAUAGCCCUUGGCUUUGGUUAUGGGUAGCAGCGAGCCUGAUAAAUUCGAUUUACUCUUACACAUGGGAUAUUAAAAUGGAUUGGGGACUUCUUGACAGUAAUGCCGGAGAAAACAGAUUCUUGCGGGAAGAAGUUGUAUAUUCUUCUACGGGAUUCUAUUAUUUUGCUAUAAUUGAAGACUUUGUAUUGAGGUUUGCUUGGGUUCCAAGUUAUAUUUUAACGGAAUACAAUUAUGUAUCAGGUGAUCUCAUGACCUCUAUCACAGCUCCACUAGAAGUUUUCAGACGAUUUAUCUGGAACUUUUUUCGGCUUGAGAACGAGCAUUUAAAUAAUUGUGGUAAGUUUCGUGCAGUUAGAGACAUUUCCGUUGCACCUAUAGAGAGUUCAGAUCAAACGCAUAUCCUACGGAUGAUGGAUGAAGAGAAUGGAGUAAUAAAUAGAGGAAAACGUAAGGGUGUUGGCAAAAAGCAGAGCACUGUUAAAGAGGAUAAACGUGCGUUGCUGAAAGAGGAAACUAUCGAUAUUGACGUAUCUAAUGCUAGCUGAAUUUAAAUUUUCCAUUAAAAAUCCGCGUCGUAUUACUUUAAACACUAAAGACAGUGUCACAUACUUCCCUAAUUUGUUGUGUUCAAUUUUUUCCCCUUACAAUCUAAUUGGACAUCAUCGGUUAACGAAACGUUAUCGUCGAGCGUGCAAAAGAAAGCGAAGUUGUCAUAUGAAACAAUAUGAUCUAUACAUAGCAUACAUAUCUGUACGCCAACAUUCCACUAUAGUUUUGUUGAUAUUUUGAGAUAAGCUUUGUAAAGUGUGAUUUAUAUUUUUGAAUAUUUACAUGAGAACCUUAUUCCAAGAAUUUCUUAGUGUCUUACUUUAACUUGUACCCUCCAAUACUUCAUUUUAGCUUCAUUGUUUUAUCUUUUACCAUCCCAAUGAUAUUUCAUGAAAUUAUGGGUUCUGAGAUCUCGAUUUCUGCCGUAACUGAUACCGACCUAACGAAAAGACAUUUUAAUAUCUCACCAAUAAUAGUUAGUAAUGAAAUCCACACAAAUUGAGUAAUCGUGUAUGAAAUAAAAUCACACUAAUAAUGCUAAUAAUAUUGAAAAAAAAUGAAAUAAAUCAUCACGGAAGUACAACUAAAUUGUAUGAUCUAGAUUCGUUCUAGAUUAUGAGAUUUAUCAUCUCAUCGUGUUAAUAUAUUGUAAUAUGAAUCCCUAAGAUGUUUGUUCGAAAGAUGAUUGUAAGAUUUUCCCCCAUUGAAAGCAAUUGGGUUGGAUAUUUUUGUAAACUAUUAUAUAAUAAUUAUAUGAAUAAGCAAUUCGUGGUCAUUGUCUAGUGAGGAUCUAUUGAAUUUUUUAUUAUUAUAAUUACCAUUGUUAUUAAUUGGUAUUUACUUCUCGCGAGAUCAGGUACCGGAAUACAUUGUUGUAAAAUAUACACAUACCUACUAUACAUUACAUACACAUAAUAUCGUUGAAAAUUAUAUCUUUUUCUACAUAA